CCCUCCCGCAGCCUCGCCGCCUUGGUGCCUUCCUGCCCGGCUCGGCCGGCGCUCGUCCCCGGCCCCGGCAGCCCCGGGGCUGCGCUCNCUCGGAGCAUCUUCAGCCCCGCAGUGGCUCGGACCCGAUGCUACGGGAGCGGAGCGAGCGGGGCGCGCAGAGCUGCGGGAGGCGUCAGAUGCGCGGCCGGGCUGGGGACCCGGAGCUCUUGCCAGCUCGCCUUGCCCUUUGGUGAUUACCGGACUCUGUUUAGAGCCCGGUUGUUCCUCGGAGGAGACCGGCGCAUCCGAGAGGAGCCAUCCGUGUCGUGUGCGUGUGGAAUAUCUGCAGACAUGACUGCGUGGAGGAAAUUCAAGUCGCUGCUCCUGCCUCUGGUGCUGGCGGUUCUGUGCGCGGGGCUCCUCACUGCAGCUAAGGGUCAGAACUGUGGUGGCCUGGUACAGGGACCCAAUGGCACCAUUGAAAGUCCUGGCUUUCCUCAUGGGUACCCCAACUAUGCCAACUGCACCUGGAUCAUUAUUACUGGGGAGCGCAACAGGAUCCAGCUAUCCUUCCAUACAUUUGCCCUAGAAGAGGACUUUGACAUUUUAUCUGUCUAUGAUGGACAGCCCCAGCANGGGAACUUGAAAGUGAGGCUGUCAGGAUUCCAACUGCCUUCCUCCAUCGUGAGUACCGGGUCGCUCCUCACGCUCUGGUUCACCACGGACUUUGCAGUGAGCGCACAGGGUUUCAAGGCCAUGUAUGAAGUUUUACCUAGUCACACGUGUGGAAACCCUGGGGAGAUACUGAAAGGAGUUCUCCACGGCACGAGGUUCAACAUAGGCGACAAGAUCAGGUACAGCUGUCUCUCGGGCUACAUCUUGGAAGGUCACGCCAUUCUGACUUGCAUUGUCAGCCCUGGGAAUGGUGCAUCCUGGGACUUCCCAGCUCCUUUUUGCAGAGCUGAGGGAGCCUGUGGGGGAACGCUAAGGGGAACCAGCGGUUCCAUAUCCAGCCCUCACUUCCCCUCGGAGUAUGACAAUAAUGCCGACUGCACGUGGACCAUCUUGGCUGAGCCUGGGGACACCAUUGCUCUUGUUUUUACUGACUUCCAGCUGGAGGAAGGAUACGACUUCUUAGAGAUCAGCGGGACAGAAGCACCAUCCAUAUGGCUCACAGGCAUGAACCUCCCAUCCCCUGUGAUCAGCAGCAAGAACUGGCUACGUCUCCACUUUACAUCUGACAGCAAUCACCGACGUAAAGGGUUCAAUGCUCAGUUCCAAGUGAAAAAGGCAAUUGAGCUGAAGUCGAGAGGAGUCAAGAUGCUACCAAGCAAGGACAGCAGCCACAAAAACUCUGUCUUGACCCAAGGAGGUGUGUCUCUCGUCUCAGACAUGUGUCCAGAUCCUGGGAUUCCAGACAAUGGCAGAAGAGCAGGUUCUGACUUCAGGGUUGGUGCAAAUGUGCAAUUCUCCUGUGAGGACAAUUAUGUACUCCAAGGUGCCAAGGGAAUCACCUGUCAAAGAGUCACAGAGACCCUUGCAGCAUGGAAUGACCACAGACCCAUCUGUCGAGCCAGGACAUGUGGAUCAAACCUGCGUGGGCCAAGUGGUGUCAUCACCUCCCCUAACUACCCAGUGCAAUAUGAAGACAAUGCUCACUGUGUGUGGGUCAUCACAACAACGGAUCCAGACAAGGUCAUCAAGCUUGCUUUUGAAGAGUUUGAGUUGGAACGAGGGUACGACACCCUGACAGUCGGGGAUGCUGGGAAGGUGGGGGACACCAGAUCCGUCUUGUAUGUGCUCACAGGCUCCAGUGUUCCUGACCUCAUCGUGAGCAUGAGCAAUCAGAUGUGGCUUCACCUGCAGUCAGAUGACAGCAUCGGCUCACCAGGGUUUAAAGCUGUGUACCAAGAAAUUGAGAAGGGAGGCUGUGGGGACCCUGGCAUCCCAGCCUAUGGGAAGCGGACUGGCAGCAGCUUCUUGCAUGGAGACACGCUCACCUUUGAGUGCCAGGCAGCGUUUGAGCUGGUGGGAGAGAGAGUGAUUACCUGCCAGAAAAACAACCAGUGGUCGGGCAACAAGCCAAGCUGCGUGUUUUCGUGUUUCUUCAACUUCACGGCACCCUCUGGGAUCAUCCUCUCGCCAAACUAUCCUGAGGAGUAUGGCAACAACAUGAACUGUGUGUGGUUGAUUAUAUCUGAGCCCGGGAGCCGGAUUCACCUCAUCUUCAAUGAUUUNGAUGUGGAACCUCAGUUUGACUUCCUUGCCGUCAAGGAUGAUGGGAUUUCUGACAUCACAGUCCUCGGAACUUUCUCUGGCAAUGAGGUGCCUGCACAGCUGGCCAGCAGUGGACACAUAGUACGCCUGGAGUUUCAGUCUGAUCACUCCACCACUGGCAGAGGUUUCAACAUCACAUAUACCACAUUUGGUCAGAACGAGUGCCACGACCCUGGGAUUCCUGUGAAUGGACGGCGUUUUGGAGACAGGUUUCUGCUGGGAAGUUCAGUGUCCUUCCACUGUGAUGAUGGCUUUGUGAAGACUCAGGGUUCUGAGUCCAUCACGUGCAUCUUGCAAGAUGGAAAUGUGGUCUGGAGCUCUACUGUCCCUCGCUGUGAAGCUCCAUGUGGUGGGCACCUGACAGCUUCCAGUGGGGUCAUAUUACCUCCAGGAUGGCCGGGAUACUACAAAGAUUCUUUAAACUGCGAAUGGGUCAUUGAAGCAAAACCAGGGCAUUCCAUCAAAAUAACAUUCGACAGGUUCCAGACGGAAGUCAAUUAUGAUACCCUGGAAGUACGGGAUGGGCCAACCAGCUCAUCCCCACUAAUAGGAGAGUACCACGGCACUCAGGCACCACAGUUCCUCAUCAGCACAGGCAACUACAUGUACCUGCUGUUUACCACUGAUAGCAGCCGGGCUAGUGUUGGCUUCCUCAUCCACUAUGAGAGUGUGACUCUUGAAUCUGACUCCUGUCUGGACCCAGGCAUCCCUGUAAAUGGUCAUCGCCAUGGCAGUAACUUUGGUAUCAGGUCUACAGUGACCUUCAGCUGUGACCCUGGGUACACACUCAGUGAUGAUGAGCCCCUCAUCUGUGAGAAGAACCACCAGUGGAACCACGCCUUGCCCAGCUGUGAUGCUCUGUGUGGAGGCUACAUCCAUGGAAAGAGUGGGACUGUCCUUUCUCCAGGAUUUCCAGACUUUUAUCCAAACUCUCUGAACUGUACAUGGACCAUCGAAGUCUCUCAUGGCAAGGGAGUGCAGAUGAAUUUCCACACCUUUCACCUUGAAAGUUCCCACGACUAUUUGCUGAUCACAGAGGACGGGAGUUUCUCAGAGCCAGUAGCCAGGCUCACUGGGUCAGUCCUGCCUCACACCAUUAAGGCUGGUUUGUUUGGAAACUUCACUGCGCAACUCAGGUUCAUCUCUGACUUCUCCAUCUCCUAUGAAGGCUUCAACAUUACGUUUGCAGAAUAUGACCUGGAGCCCUGUGAUGACCCUGGAGUCCCUGCCUUCAGCCGCAGAAUUGGGUUUCAGUUCGGUGUGGGUGACACCCUGGCUUUCACCUGCUUCCAGGGAUACCGCUUAGAAGGUGCAACCAAGCUAACGUGCCUGGGUGGGGGACGCCGAGUGUGGAGUGCACCUCUGCCAAGGUGUGUGGCUGAAUGUGGAGCAAGCGUCAAAGGAAAUGAAGGAACAUUACUCUCUCCAAAUUUCCCAUCCCAUUAUGAUAAUAAUCAUGAGUGUAUCUAUAAAAUAGAAACAGAAGCCGGGAAGGGGAUCCAUCUCAGAGCUCGAACCUUCCAGCUCUUCGAAGGAGACACUCUAAAGGUUUACGAUGGAAAGGACAGCUCCUCAAGGUCACUGGGUGUCUUCACAAGAAACGAAUUGAUGGGGUUGGUGCUCAACAGCACCUCCAACCACCUGAGGCUGGAGUUCAACACCAACGGGUCAGACACCGCCCAAGGCUUCCAGCUCACCUACACCAGUUUUGACCUAGUGAAAUGUGAGGAUCCGGGCAUCCCUAACUAUGGCUACAGGAUCCGUGAUGAUGGCCACUUCACAGACACUGUAGUUCUCUACAGCUGCAACCCGGGCUACGCAAUGCAUGGCAGCAGUACCCUGACCUGCUUGAGUGGGGACCGCAGGGUGUGGGACAAACCUAUGCCUUCCUGUGUGGCUGAAUGUGGUGGUCUUGUCCAUGCAGCCACAUCAGGGCGCAUACUGUCUCCUGGCUACCCUGCCCCAUAUGACAACAACCUUCAUUGCACUUGGACCAUAGAGGCCGAUCCUGGAAAGACCAUCAGCCUCCAUUUCAUUGUGUUUGACACUGAAACGGCGCAUGACAUCCUCAAGGUCUGGGAUGGCCCNGUAGACAGCAACAUCCUGCUGAAGGAGUGGAGCGGUUCAGCCCUACCUGAGGACAUCCACAGCACCUUCAACUCACUCACCCUGCAGUUCGACAGUGACUUCUUCAUCAGCAAGUCCGGCUUCUCCAUCCAGUUCUCCACUUCCAUUGCAUCCACCUGCAAUGACCCUGGGAUGCCUCAGAAUGGUACCCGCUACGGUGACAGCCGGGAACCUGGAGACACCAUCACCUUCCAGUGUGACCCUGGAUACCAGCUCCAAGGACCAGCCAAGAUCACGUGUGUGCAGCUGAACAACCGUUUCUUCUGGCAGCCAGAUCCUCCUUCAUGCAUAGCUGCUUGUGGUGGGAAUCUGACAGGCCCUGCUGGAGUGAUUUUAUCCCCAAACUACCCACAGCCAUACCCUCCUGGGAAGGAGUGCGACUGGAGGAUUAAGGUGAACCCAGACUUUGUCAUUGCCUUGAUAUUCAAAAGUUUUAGCAUGGAGCCGAGUUAUGACUUCCUGCAUAUCUAUGAAGGGGAGGACUCCAACAGCCCACUGAUUGGAAGUUUCCAGGGCUCUCAAGCCCCAGAGAGGAUCGAGAGCAGUGGUAACAGCCUCUUCCUGGCAUUCAGGAGCGAUGCUUCUGUUGGCCUGUCGGGAUUCGCCAUUGAAUUUAAAGAGAAACCCCGGGAAGCUUGCUUUGACCCUGGGAACAUAAUGAAUGGGACAAGGAUUGGAACUGACUUUAAACUGGGCUCUACAGUUACCUAUCAGUGUGACUCUGGUUACAAGAUUGUGGGUCCCUCGUCCAUUGAGUGUGUGACAGGGCCUGAUGGGAAGCCGUCCUGGGACCNGGCACUACCUGCCUGNCAAGUGGUAUUUGGACAGUUUGCCUAUUUCCAGACUGCACUGAACGACUUGGCAGAGUUAUUUGAUGGAACACAUCCCCAGGCCAGGCUUCUCAGUUCUCUCUCUGGUUCCCAUUCAGGUGAAACACUGCCACUGGCUACAUCCAAUCAGAUUCUGCUUCGAUUCAGCGCCAAAAGCGGAGCUUCUGCACGGGGUUUCCACUUCGUCUACCAAGCUGUUCCACGCACCAGUGAUACACAGUGCAGCUCUGUCCCAGAGCCCAGAUAUGGGAGAAGGAUUGGUUCUGAGUUCUCUGCAGGCUCCAUCGUCCGCUUCGAGUGUAACCCAGGUUACCUGCUGCAAGGUUCCACCGCCAUCCGCUGCCAGUCUGUGCCAAAUGCUUUGGCUCAGUGGAAUGACACCAUUCCAAGCUGUAUCCAAGUGAUCAGCUUUGCCACAGAGCAGAACUGGGACUCUCUGGAGAUCCAUGAUGGAGGAGACAUGACGGCCCCGAGACUGGGCAGCUUCUCAGGUAGGGUGGUCCUGCAUUUCCCUUUGUCUAGGCUUUUGAACCAGAAUGAAAGCCAAAGGAAGAACAGAAACNAGUGUGUGGACAGUGAGAGUGACAUGGCAGUGGGGUCCUGUGCAGGAGGCCAUCUGGAGGAGCCAGCGGUGGGCCUGGCUGCCUGCCAGGAACCUGCUCUCCCGAGCAAUGGCAUCAAGAUAGGAGACCGGUACAUGGUGAACGAUGUGCUGUCCUUCCAGUGUGAACCUGGGUAUACCUUGCAGGGCCGCUCACACAUUUCUUGUAUGCCAGGAACCGUACGUCGCUGGAACUACCCUUCCCCUUUGUGCAUUGCCACCUGUGGUGGGACACUAACCAGCAUGAGUGGAGUGAUCCUGAGCCCAGGGUUCCCAGGCUCAUACCCCAACAACUUGGACUGCACCUGGAAGAUAUCACUGCCCAUUGGCUAUGGUGCACAUAUCCAAUUUCUAAAUUUCUCAACUGAAGCCAACCAUGACUACCUGGAGAUCCAGAAUGGCCCUUACCACAGCAGUCCAAUGAUGGGCCAGUUCAGUGGCCCUGACCUGCCUACAUCAUUGCUGAGCACCACACAUGAAACCCUCAUCCGCUUCUAUAGUGACCACUCACAGAACCGGCAAGGAUUUAAACUCAGUUACCAAGCUUAUGAGUUACAGAACUGCCCAGAUCCACCCGCAUUCCAGAAUGGGUUCAUGAUCAACUCGGAUUACAGCGUGGGCCAGUCGAUCUCCUUUGAGUGCUACCCGGGCUACAUCUUGCUAGGCCACCCUGUGCUCACCUGCCAGCAUGGAACUGACAGGAACUGGAACUACCCUUUCCCACGGUGUGACGGAAAGAAAUUGCUCUUGUUCAUGAAUGACUCAGCCCAUGGUAUCAGCCCUGUAUUCUUUCUGCACACUUGGCCCUAUUGGGAAACUGGCUAUGCAGCCUCUGCUAUAACGUUGAACUUACUCCUCUCAUGGCCCCAUCUCUUUCCCAGGGAUGGUCCUGACCAGAACUCGCCUCAGCUUGGGGUCUUCAGUGGAAACACUGCCCUUGAGACGGCCUACAGCUCCACCAACCAGGUCCUGCUCAAAUUCCACAGCGAUUUCUCCAAUGGAGGCUUCUUUGUCCUCAAUUUCCAUGCAUUUCAGCUGAAGAGGUGCCCGCCUCCCCCAGCAGUGCCANAGGCUGACCUGNUUACAGAAGAUGAGGACUUUGAAAUAGGGGACUUCGUGAAGUACCAGUGCCAUCCAGGGUACACACUGUUGGGAAGCGACACCCUGACAUCACAAUGCCCAGCAAAUGAAGUGCGAACAGAGUCUUCUGGGGUGAUUCUCAGUCCAGGGUACCCAGGCAACUAUUUUAACUCCCAGACAUGUGCUUGGAGUAUUAAAGUGGAGCCAAACUUCAACAUUACACUCUUUGUGGACACAUUCCAAAGUGAAAAGCAAUUUGAUGCACUGGAAGUGUUUGAUGGUUCUUCUGGGCAAAGUCCUCUGUUAGUAGUCUUAAGUGGGAACCACACUGAACAAUCCAAUUUUACCAGCAGAAGUAACCAUCUAUACCUGCGCUGGUCCACAGACCAUGCAACCAGCAAGAAAGGAUUCAAGAUUCGCUAUGCAGCUCCUUACUGCAGCCUCACCUCUACACUCAAGAAUGGUGGCAUUUUAAAUAAAACCACUGGGGCAGUGGGGAGCAAGGUACACUACUUCUGCAAGCCUGGUUAUCGAAUGAUUGGCCACAGCAAUGCGACCUGCAGGCGGAACCCAGUGGGAGUGUAUCAGUGGGACUCGAUGGCACCACUUUGCCAGGCUGUGUCCUGUGGAAUUCCAGAGGCUCCAGGAAAUGGCUCAUUCACGGGCAAUGAGUUCACCUUAGACAGUAAAGUGACUUAUGAAUGUAAUGAAGGCUUCAAGCUGGAUGCCAGUCAGGAAGCCACCACUGUAUGUCAAGAAGAUGGCCUGUGGAGCAACAGAGGAAAGCCACCCACAUGCAAACCGGUGCCCUGCCCCAGCAUCGAAGGCCAGCUGUCAGAGCACGUGCUCUGGAGGCUGGUUUCAGGAUCACUGAAUGAAUACGGAGCUCAAGUUCUCCUCAGCUGCAGCCCCGGCUACUUCUUGCAGGGUCAGAGGCUCUUGCAGUGUCAAGCCAAUGGGACCUGGAGCACUGAGGAAGACAGACCCAGAUGUAAAGUCAUNUCCUGUGGAAGCCUGUCCUUUCCCCCAAAUGGUAACAAAAUAGGGACGCUCACUAUAUAUGGAGCCACUGCCAUCUUUACCUGCAAUACCGGCUACACACUUGUGGGCUCCCACGUCCGGGAGUGCUUGGCCAAUGGUCUCUGGAGCGGAUCAGAAACAAGGUGUCUGGCGGGUCAUUGCGGCUCUCCAGACCCCAUUGUGAAUGGCCAUAUCAGCGGUGAUGGCUUCAGCUACAGAGACACAGUGGUCUACCAAUGCAACCCUGGGUUCCGGCUGGUGGGCACCUCUGUGAGGAUUUGCCUGCAGGACCACAAGUGGUCGGGGCAGACUCCUGUUUGUGUCCCCAUCACAUGUGGACACCCUGGAAACCCUGCCCAUGGCCUCACCAACGGCACCGAGUUCAACCUGAACGACCUUGUGAAUUUCACCUGCCAUACUGGCUACCUGCUGCUGGGUGCCUCCAGAGCCCAGUGUCGGAGCAACGGCCAGUGGAGCAGCCCCUUGCCCAUCUGUCGAGUUGUGAACUGUUCCGAUCCUGGAUUUGUGGAAAAUGCAGUUCGCCAUGGGCAACAGAACUUUCCAGAGAGUUUCGAGUAUGGGACAAGCGUGAUGUAUCACUGCAAGAAGGGGUUCUACCUGCUGGGAUCUUCUGCCCUGACCUGCAUGGCAAAUGGCUUGUGGGACCGCUCCUUACCCAAGUGUCUGGCUGGAGAAUUGUUUACAUACGGAGCCACAGUUCAGUACUCCUGCAAAGGGGGCCAGAUCCUCACAGGCAACAGCACAAGAGUCUGCCAAGAAGACAGUCACUGGAGUGGAUCCCUUCCUCAUUGUUCAGUCAUCAGCUGUGGGGAUCCUGGCACACUGCCCAAUGGCAUCCAGUUUGGGACAGACUUCACUUUCAACAAGACCGUGAGCUAUCAGUGCAACCCCGGCUACCUAAUGGAGCCCCCAACAUCACCCACCAUCCGCUGCACCAAAGAUGGCACAUGGAAUCAGAGCCGGCCCCUCUGCAAAGCUGUCCUGUGCAACCAGCCUCCCCCAGUGACAAAUGGAAAGGUGGAGGGGUCAGACUUCCGGUGGGGUGCCAGCAUAAGCUACAGCUGGAUAUGGAGUGGCAUCCAGCCCACUUGUAUAGAUCCAGCACACACCGCCUGCCCAGACCCCGGCACUCCCCACUUUGGAAUUCAGAAUAGCUCCAAAGGAUACGAGGUUGGAAGCACUGUGUUCUUCAGAUGUAGAAAAGGGUACCAUAUCCAAGGCUCCACGACGCGGACCUGCCUUGCCAACCUCACAUGGAGUGGGAUCCAGACAGAGUGCAUACCCCAUGCUUGCCGACAGCCAGAGACCCCAGCGCAUGCAGAUGUGAGAGCCAUCGAUCUUCCAGCUUUUGGCUACACUUUAGUCUACACCUGCCAUCCUGGAUUUUUCCUUGCUGGUGGAUCUGAACACAGGACGUGUAAAGCAGAUAUGAAAUGGACAGGAAAGUCACCUGUUUGUAAAAGUAAAGGAGUGAGAGAAGUUAAUGAAACAGUUACUAAAACUCCAGUUCCUUCUGAUGUAUUUUUCAUCAACUCGGUGUGGAAAGGAUAUUAUGAAUAUUUAGGAAAGAGACAGCCUGCNACUCUCACUGUGGACUGGUUCAAUGCGACCAGCAGCAAGGUCAAUGCGACCUUCACUGCGGCCUCACAGGUGCAGCUGGAGCUGACAGGGGUCUACAAGAAAGAAGAGGCCCACCUGCUUCUGAAAGCCUUUCAUAUCAAAGGCCCAGCAGAUAUUUUUGUAAGCAAGUUUGAAAAUGACAACUGGGGACUCGAUGGUUACGUAAGUACUUUCAUGAAGAUUUUCANACAGUCCUCCCACUUUCAGUAUUCAAAUUCCUUUUNUCUUCCAGACCCUUCCAACUCGGACGCUGAUUCUUCAAAUCACUACCAGGGCACCAGCAGUGGCUCGGUGGCAGCUGCCAUUCUUGUUCCCUUCUUCGCUCUAAUUCUAUCAGGGUUUGCAUUUUACCUCUACAAACACAGAACAAGACCAAAAGUUCAAUAUAAUGGCUAUGCUGGCCAUGAAAACAGUAAUGGACAAGCUUCAUUUGAAAACCCCAUGUAUGAUACAAACUUAAAACCCACAGAGGCCAAGGCUGUGAGGUUUGACACGACUCUGAACACAGUGUGUACAGUGGUAUAGCCCUCAGUGCCCCCUAGGACCGAUUCAUAGCCAUACCUCUGAUGGACAAGCAGUAAAAUCCUUUGGUGCCAUAUACCACCCCCCUUCUACUCUUGCCUUGCUGCAGCAACCUUGGCCAUCGUCUGCUGGCAUAACGCAGUGGGAAUUUCUUCUCAACCAUGACCGAGUCUUCUGAGGAUCAAAUUGCAAAUACAUCUUCAUCUGGAAAGUGGAUUAUAAAAGCCUGGCUGCUGCCUCCACCAGACAUCAAGACACCGACAACGGCGAGGGCAAGGAAGACUGCAGAGUCUUACAGACAGGUGGUACUUAAUGCCUCUGACUUUUGUGUCUCUGUGUGGCCAGGAUGCCUUUGGAUGUAGUCUUCUGAGCAUAUGGAUACAUCCUUCAGGUGCGGCGACAAAAUGGUAGCAACUUGAUAUGUGUUUUGUGUUUUUCUUUUCUUUUUAACCCUAUUCCCUGGACACAAAUUCUUUACAAAAGAAAAACCUUCCUGGAGAAGACGCCUUCUGGAAAAUGCACACACGUACACUCGCUUCACUCNGCCCUGCCUGAGACAUGAGNUCUGUGGAUCUUCAGGCUCCAUUGGGCAUCCAUCAACUACUAGGGAUGUUUGAAGAUCCCACAGUCAGAGCUGUUCCAUCCAGGAUUCUUGAUGCUCAACAUUUUGCACUAGUGUGUUAAGAACAACUAAGUCUGAUUUCUAAACAAUUUCCACAGGGUUUGUAUUCACUAUACAUUGUACAUAAGCAUUUUCUCAUAUUGUAUUCUCAAACAACAGAUGCCACCAUCAAUUAAGUUGGAAUGUAAAGGAAAGUACCCCCAGAUACAGCACAGAUUUUGAAAAGAAGACAGUACUAGUAUGCUGAAGAAGUUAUAUUAUCACUUCUGUUGGCCACACUUAUGUGUCAAAUCCAUUGCCCACUUCUGGUGGUAGAAAGGAAGUCACAUAGUCCCCUUGACUUCCCCUCUUCAUGUGUAUACAACUAUUGUCUAUACAUUACUAAUCAAUAACAGGGGGCUCCAGCAAUGUCCGUUUUCCAUGUACAGUGUGAAUAGUAAUUUAUUUUAGGUAGCUCAUGAACUCAGUCCACAGUGCAGUCUUCCCUUCUGAAUUGUUUCCUUUCUCUGUUCUGUAACAUCACCCUCCCAGAAUGCAUUGAGAGUCUUAUCUCACAGCCACACCCAAGCUCAGAGGAAUCAAAAGGGAAAUCAAAGUUAAAAUCAGAAUCGGAAGGGCAGGCGCCACUCGCACACCCUCAUGAUGAUCUGUUUUAUAGAUUAUUUGCCUUCUUGCAAAAAAAAAUCAUUAGAGUGAUUUUUGAAACGUUAAAAUUCCUUACUGAUAGACUAUUAUGAUAUAUAUAAGAUAGGUGGUAUGGCCAACAGGGAUAAAAUAGACAGUCUGAAGACAAGGCAGGGCCAGAGAAAUGUCUGUAAGAAAUUCAAAGAGAAGAUCAUGUUUAUUUUUAUUUAUAUUUGUUUGAUAAAAGUAUUUUUGGAAAUAUAAUGCUUAUUUUAUUAUUUGACGUUUCAUGCACAGUCCAUGUGGUAAAAAUCCCCCCCCCCCUUUGCACAUCCCAGAUUUGCACUGAUACAUGGGUCAGGAUGCCAUGCUGACGUUCUGUUUGCUGUGGUGACUACAUUCAUGCUUGCUUUAAGACAGGUGGAUCUGUCUAGCUACAUGAUGUUUAAAUGCAGGACUUCCCAGAGGACAAUGGGUAAAAGAAUAUUGGCUUACAGCUUUGGAAGUUCAGCAUUCUGAGCAUUCCAGAGGCCCCGCUGGGCUCCCUCCUUCCAGCCCUCUCUUUUUGCAAGGGCUGUCUGUUGUGUCAGGACUCCUGACUUCUGUCAACACUCUAUCCACUGGGAUUCAUAUUUCAGGACUCCAUGUCCUAGGAAGGAGUUUUGAUAAAGGUUCCUUCAGCCAAGCCCACACACAUCCAUGGGAUUCCUCUGGGUCCUCAGAGGUUCUUCAUUGGCUCCCUGAGAAAUUCAGAUGAUGUCAACAANAGUGUGCUUCUAACCACACAUAGAGCCAAAACAAAACAGAGAGUGUCAGAGGGUCCACGGACCAGAGUGCGUAAGGGAGAACAGGGUUACUAUAUAUAUUAGAUGUAUAUAAAAACACACACACAAACAUAUAUAUAUAUAUAUUGUACAUAUCUAAGUUUGAGUCACUCAGACUAGGUGCAAAAUGCUGACUUUGGAGUCUAAACUAACGUCUCUGUCCCCACAUCCCUGUCCUCUUUGCUGGCCAGUUACAUUUAGAAGACUUGACUCAGACAGGGCAUACAUACAUGCAAGGAGCCACAUCGUUAGACCAGUGUCGUUUUCCUUUGUGUGCAAACUGACUUACAGCUACCAGACUGCAUCAUGGUAUUCAAAACCAACAUACAAUAUUGAGCAGCACUCAGUUGAGAGCCUAGCUCAAUCCUUCCUAGGAUGUGUGUGUGUGUGUGUGUGUGUGUGUGUGUGUGUGUGUGUUUGGUGUGGUGUUUCACCAGGUCUCAGAGGCAUUGAAGACCUAGCAGGACAGUCAGGAACACCUUCCUCAGUGAGGUCUCGACUCUUCCCUGAAGCGCCCAGAGCACAGUGAGGAGACACGCUAUGAGUGACAGAUUUUGUGCUUUGAAGCUGUUCAACUGUCGCUUGUCUUUGCCCAUCUUGCCUUCAGGCUAGCUGCAAUAAUUUUUUUCUUCUGUAAAAUAUUUUGUAAACAAUAACAACGACAACAAAAGCUAUUAUUAAAAAAAGGGAGAAAAGAAAGCUGGCAUUAUGAUCAGGAAAACCAUCCAUUCUCGCUGCCCCACCCUCCCGUCCCCACCACACGCUGCUGUCACAACGUAGGUGCGGAAGACCUUUUUUGUACAGAGAUAUAUUUUUUAUGAAGAAUUUGUAAAAUUAUUAAAUAUGCUGUAAUUUUUUGAUUAAUGUAGGUAAAUUGUUAAAAAAAAUAAAUGUUUUUACAAUACAAAACUGUAAUUUUCCCGAUAAUGUAACAUUACCCUCUCUAGCUGAUUUUCGGUUCCAAUCCUAUUCGACAUGUAUUAAUAUUAAGGCGGCCUGUUAAAAUGAACAGUAUCUUUUUGUCAAAAAAAAUUAUAAAGAGAGUGUAACAUAACCUGUGUAAUGCCACCUAUCU